GACUCCUUUCAGGUGCUGACGUUCCGAUAAGCAUAUCAACAUGCCGAUGAAACUGGAAGGUAGCUGUCAAUGUGGCAGCAUCGAGUUCACUCUCGAAUCAUCAACCCCAGUGCCCUACCAGCUCUGCGCCUGCAGCAUCUGCCGGAAGGUGGGUGGGUAUAGCGGCAGUGUCAAUCUGGGCGGUAUUGCCGAUAGCCUGCAGAUCAAGAAAGGGAAGGAUUUAAUCAGGAAAUAUUCCGCUAUCAAGGCUCGCGGCACUCCAGACGAGAAGCUCUGCUCGUCGGAGCGGAACUUUUGCUCCAAUUGCAGCACGAUGCUCUGGCUCUGGGAUCACCAUUGGCCAGAACUGAUCCAUCCCUUUGCUUCGGCGAUCGAUACCGAGCUGCCGGUUCCGGAUGACAUGGUCUGCCUCAUGGGGGACUCGAAACCGGCCUGGGUGCGGUGGCCUGAAGGGCAAAAGCAGGUAUACGAUGUGUAUCCGGAGGAUAGUCUAGAAGACUGGCACAAGAAACACAAGUUAUUUGUCGAGUAGCAGUUAUAAUCUUGGACAAGGGUACGAAGCAUUACGAAAUAUCUAC